GUGGGCAGCCACUUUCCGCGCUUGAGCGAUUUCGGCGCGACGCUUCUGGGGGCCAACCGCCUUUUCGUAGGAUAAGCGCUCGCUCAGCUGCAACCACGUGUACCGUGCUAAAACUUCCGGUCGCGUUCCGGGACCUGUUUGACAGGCGGAUACGCGAGCAAAACAAACGACUUUAAAAAACAAGCAGCAGAAGCAGGCGCAAAUUUUUGGUUAAAAAAUUCGAUAUCUUAAGAUAUCCCGUUUUGUGUAGUGUUUGUUAUCGGUUUCUUCGACAAAAAUGGGUGUCCGGAAUUUGAAAACGUAUAUGAACAAGCAUUUGAAGAACGGUGUCUAUCCGGUUUGGAUGUUGCCCGCGAUACGAAAAGCGGCUAAACGAUCGCGCCAACCUUUGGUAGUGAUCGAUUUGAUGGCGUUGUUUGGAUUGUUUUGCUCCGAUAAGAAGAGCAUGCUUUGUGGAACACGGGUACGAAUGAUCGAACAGCAAGCUGAUGAGUUUUUCCGACGGCUUAAGGAAGCCGGAGCACGGUUGGUGUUUUUCUAUGAUGGGCCACCGCAGCAGGCUAAACUCACGACGUGGACGAAACGGCAAAAUCAAAAGUACAAAGACAUGAUUGCCAUCAUGGAUGCAGUUGAUCAGGGACAACCCCUGCAUAAAAUUGCCAACAAGUACUCCAGAAUGCCGAACAAUACCUGCAUCAAGCUGAAUCACGUAGCGCGCAAGCACGGUCCAUUGAUCAUUCCGUACAGCGCCGAGUGCGAUCAAGAGUUGGCCGUGUAUGCACAGCAGCAUAAAGCCUUCGCCAUUAUAACGAACGAUACCGAUUUUCUCAUCUACGAAGGAAACUGGCAUCUCUGGUACGUAGACGAUAUCAAUUUGGAUACACUGGAGACGCUAGAAUACAACAGGGAUGCAUUACGGCGUGAGAUGGAUUUAAACUGGCCCGGCAUGGCCCUGUGGGCGACACUGGGAGGGAACGACUUUUUCCAGUACGACACCGUGGAACCUUUCCACAAUUCCCUCAAUGGUAACAACAAAUUCGGCAAACUGGCCCAAUAUGUUCGCAGCUUACCGCUCGGUAAUGGUUUUAGUAAAGGUAUCGUGAAGCAAAUUGUCCAGCGCGUAUAUGAAGGGCGGCCGAUACCGGAAGAUGCAGAAGAAUGUUUGGCGCAAAGUUUAUACUUUUACAGCACCAAUCCUAGUUUAUUGAGCCGCCCAAUGGAUCCGAUGGAAGCAUUUCUGAUUGAGGAAGAGCAAACCUUUGUGUUGAGCAUUUUGAAAGGCACGGCACACAACAGUACAACCCUAUUUUUCGACUUCCGAUCGUCACAGCUUGGAAAUUACUUUGACAUUAUUGUGCCAUUGAUCGCCCGCACUGCCGGUGUCAUACUAUACCAUCGACAACAUGAACGAACGGAUAUGAAGGUACUGGCCAAACGGGGACAUCUGGAAUCUUAUGCUGAGUAUACCGUUCCAGCAAUAUUCCCAACGGAUAUUACGCCACCGCAUCUGAUGGAACUGCUGUCGCAGGACGCAACGCUACAGGAUGCAUUAAAGCAAAGGAAGCUGCAAUUAUUGCGCUGGGUCUGUUCGGACGAUGUGGACGAUGGGAUGUUGCAGGCGAUACCGAGUAAACUGGUCACAACGGUUCUCACGCUUGUGACGCUAGUUCGAAAUGACGCAUUGCUUCUAUUCGAAGCUGAUCUGCUUCUAUCGAUAGCCCAUGAUGAACUGAACGGUGGUAUCAAUUCAAAUCCCACCAUCGAGCGGUAUCCCGUGCGUGUCGAUCCUCGCGCCUUUCGCGUAGCUUUUCUGUUCCAGAAGGUGUACUCGCACAUCGCGCGUACGGCUAAAUCAUUUGGUCUGCCCGCCGAUUACUGCUGUUCCGUACCAUACGAUGGACAUCGGUUUCACAACUGUUAUGCCGGCUGGCGUAGCGGCCAGUGGACGAUGAACGAAGGGCAACAAGGGUGGAGAUUGUAUGCGCCAUUUGCAAAUCAGGACCGCGUGGCAGCCGCUGUUGCCUAAAACAAUCAUAAGAAACCACCGAACAAACUCGAAUACUUUCGCGGCAUUCUUGAAAUAUUAACCUGUGAAUUACGGCCAUCGGUCAAGAUUAUUUACCUGAUUGAAUUAAUUGAAUGGAGGGAUUCGAAGCUCUGUUUACCUUAUUAUGUCUUUUAAAGAUUUAUUUUGUUCAAUCCAAUAAAUUUCUUAUGAAAAACACUC